AUGGUGAGCAAGGAGGGGGACAAAUGUGUGCUGACAUCAUCAGAAAGUGAAGCCGAGCCAGCUGUUUCUUUAGCCUUAGACAUGAAAUAUGCAUUGGACCCCAACCGGCAUUUAAAAAAGAGAAAUAAAGCCCUUCAAGUGAGGUUUAAAGAUAUUUGCGAGGCUCAGAACGAGCAGAGGGAUAAACAACUUUCUACGGUGCCGCAAAGUGAGAAAAAAGACACCAAGUCUCUUUCUUACAAAGCUUAUAGGAAGUACAUGACAGUGCCUGCUCGGCGAUCUAUACCCAACGUAACCAAGAGCACAGGGGUUCAGACUUCGCCAGACCUGAAAAAGCGCUACCAGACUUUUCCUCUUGACCGCAAAAAAGGGAACCUGUUGAAAAACGCUUCUGGCAUGGAAGUAAAGGGUCAAAAUAAUGGAUUCCUAAUAGAGGUAAAGGAUACAAAAGAUCACAAAAGCUCAGGGGAGUCUAAUCGAUGCAGCAGGGUCCACGACCAAGUGGUUGCUGAACUGGUAGUACAUUCGAGUGAAGACAUGGAUGUCAUUACGUCUAGCAAUUGCUCAGAUGCAUGUGGAAGCACUGAUUUGCACAGCUGUACUAAAGAUUCCCCCUCUCCUCAAAACCCAGCAAUCUUCACAUCGGAACAGACCAUCUGCCAUCUGCAUGAAACCACAAAAUAUGACAAAAGGCCAUUAGGGAACGCUCUAUCCCAUCACCCGGCACAUGUUAAAGUGCUUCUGAAGGAGGAAGCCACCAUACACUCGCCUGCCCUCAAUCCAAACCUUGCCGACCCUGAAGACUUGACUGACGUAGAAAGGACAGUUUGCCCGCUGACAGAUGAAGAAGACAAAAGAACUGCUCAAGUAAAUGGCCUACAAGGCCAAGAUAUGAAUGCAAAAGCGUGUACAACACAGACGCAGUGUCAAACGACGGAAUGUAAUGAGCAGGCCCUGCAGAUAAAUGUUUUACCCGUGGAAAAAAAUAAGCCUUGUCAGGCAGCAGUUGCUUUGAGUGAUGAAUGCCAACAAAUUGUGCCUCACACGGAAGUGAUAGACUUAAAAGCACAGCUUCAGACCAUGGAGACCCUGAUCAGCUCGAGUCAGGAAACAAUCAAAGUGCUUUUGGGUGUCAUUCAGGAGUUGGAGAAGGGAGAAGCUCACCGAGAGGGGCUAUCAUAUCGGACUGGCCAAGAUACAGCAAACUGUGACACAUGUAGGAACAGCGCAUGUAUCAUAUACAGUGUGGAACUGGAUUUUAAGCAGCAAGAAGACAAACUACAACCAGUUUUAAAGAAACUCCAUCCCAUUGAGGAAACUCAGGUUGCACCUUUGCCUUAUUCUGCAGAGAGUUACACAUCGACUCCCAAGCAAAAAUCCAAAACAGAAUCGAAAAAGCAUGGAAGAUGGAAACUCUGGUUCCUAUAG